GCCUCAGUGAGGAGCGUUAUGGAGAUGCUCUGGUUGUGCUACUCUUCUCCAACUCCUCAGAGUUCAGGUCAUCUGCUCGCUCUACUGGUUCUCUGUCUCUUAAUGGCUGCUGUGACUGCCUCACUACUUUUCCACUGGCUCACAGACCUUUUGAAAUAUGACAUCCAGACGGCAUUUGUUGCAGUUGCUAUCUAUGCCACAGCUGUGUUUAUCCUGUCAUCUCUCAUCCAUCCGUUCCGAUGUGCCUUCACACUAAUCUUCCCGACACUGUUUACCCGACAGGGCCGUAAACUGCUCUUGUCUGCAUCUGUGAUGAUUGUAGUGCUCUACGUUCUACCCAACAUGGCUGCCAACAUUGCAACUCUAACACAUGUUGUGAAAUGUGCAUCAGAAAAACUCUCUCAAAGUAUUUUAAGCAGCUCAGAGCUCAUCAACACCAUCAAGGACGAUUUAGUCAGAAGCGCAGAGCAAGAGAAAAGCAGUUUAACACUACGUGAUUUUGAUCACACCACAAAUAUUAAUGUAUCAGAAGUGAAGGGACGGUUGCAUUUCUUGAGUCAGCGAGUGCAGGAGGAUUUUUCUGAAGUUAAAAGUCAAGUACAGGAUCUGAAGCUGCUAUUCAGCAGAAUCUUUGCAGCUGUUUUUGUUCUGUAUUUGUUGACAGAGUCUGUCAUGUACCUUCGCUCUUAUUUGAAGUCUGUAAGAUUUGACAACACGUAUAUCACAGGUGGGCUCAGGAGGAAAGCAGUCGAAAAAGGGAUCAUGGUUGAAGCAAAAGAUGUGAAAAAUGGAGUAAACUCCACCAGUUUCAGAAUAACUAAAAGGGAACUUUUCAAAUGUCUGGUUCCUGCCCUGGGGAUCACUCUCUAUCUGUUAAUGACAAUCCUUUUGAUAGUGCUGGACCAUUUCUUGUAUUACUUGGUGAAAUCAGGUGGUCCUUGGAUUUCAAACAUGCCAUCCACCAACAUCAGCAUCAACGUCAACUUCAGGGUUGAAACAAAAGUGGACAUUUGUCAGCUCUUUCACUCAAACUGUCUGGUAGAAUAUGUCAACUUCAACAGACCUUACGCAGCCCUCAUUCACUCUGAUCCAAACGUGUGUGAGGCCCAAUCCAGUAAGCUGAACCCAAGUGUAGUGAUGGCGCUGGUGUUCCUCUAUCUGUUCAGCUACACCCUGCUGCCGCUGGAGGUUUACGCUCGGCGCCUUCGGAGGAAAGUAGCAGCUUCUUUUUUCCAGCAGCAGGAGGAGAGAAGGGUUGAAUUCCUUAUGAAGAUUCUAAGUAAACAAAAAGAAAGACAAAAUGUUUUCUUUAUAGAAACCAAACAUCAAGAUGAAUAUGUCUCUGGGAUGACAGAUCAGUUACAUAAAUAA